UCGCAUGCUCGGUCGCGGCGUUGACAGACGCCCUCCUAAGGAGAGCCACCCGGCCCGCCUUAGCCUCGCCUCUGCCUGGUCGGGUGCUAUUUGCUGGCCUGCGCCAGCGAGCCCCGGCCCUGGCCGCACGGGGGCUGUGGACUCGGGCCUGCCUUAAAGUUUCCCAUGUCUCAAUGGACUCCUGAAUUUACCGAGGUCUACACCCUAAAAGUGACUAUGAAGAGUGGGACUCCUCCUGAUGCGCCCACAACACAGGAGAGUCUGAAGGGGGUCCUUCUGCACCCACAGUCCCUAGGGGCCACCAAGAGCUUCCCUGCAGAAGUGGAGAUGAUUAACAGCAGAGUGGGGAAUGAAUUCUCUCACCUGUGUGAUGAUUCAAAACAAGAGAAGGACAUGAAUGGCAACCAGCAAGAACAAGAAAAAAGUGGUGUUGUGAGGAAAAAGCGCAAAAGCCAACAGGCUGGCCCCUCAUAUGUACAGAAUUGUGUCAAAGAAAAUCAGGGAAUCCUAGGGUUGAGACAACAUCUGGAGACACCAAGUGAUGAGGACAAUGACUCUUCAUUCAGUGAGUGUCUGUCUUCCCCCUCUUCUAGUCUCCAUUUUGGGGACUCUGACACUGUGACUUCAGAUGAGGACAAAGAAGUCUCACGGAGACAUCCCCAGCCUGUUUUGAGUGCUAAAAGCAGAAGUCACAAUGCACGGUCCCAAAAGUGGCCUCGGACUGAGGCAGAGUCUGUGUCAGGCUUGUUGAUGAAAAGACUUUGUUUUCACGGUAGUGCACUGAGGAGACUCCCAUGCAGAAAGAGACUAGUGAAGAGCAGCUCCUCUCAGAGGACACAGAAGCAGAAGGAGAGGCUGCUGGUGCAGAGGAAGAAGUGGGAGGAGCUGGCCCAGAGGAAGUAUGCGCUCCUCCCAGCUCCAUCCAGUAGCUCUAGUGAGAACGACCUCAGCAGCGACUCCUCUUCCAGUUCCUCAAUGGACGGAGUGGAGGACCUGUGUGCAUCUGCCAGCGAGAACCCCAGCAACCCUGCUGCCCCCUCAGGAAGUAUUGAUGAAGAUGUUGUGGUGAUAGAAGCUUCCUUCACUCCCCAGGUCACAAUUAAUGUUACCUCAACUGACAGUGAAGUGGAGAUUGUUACAGUUGGAGAAAGCUAUCAGUCUCGUUCAACCCUUGGGCACUCCAGAUCUCACUGGAGCCAAGGUUCAAGUUUGCAUACAGUUCGACCACAAGAGCAUCGAAACCGCAGUAGGAUCUCUACUGUUAUACAGCCCCUGAGGCAGAACGCGGCAGAAGUUGUGGACCUUACUGUUGAUGAAGACAACCUGCCAGAGUCAGUUCUCUCCUUCUACCACAUGGGUCCUGGAGGUUAA